UUUACUGGUUUGGAACACCAUUAAUGAACGAAACCACGAAUUCCAUCGCUCACUUUCCCCAUCAUUCUCUUUUUAAGAUUCUAUCUCUAUUCCAUUCCUUGGUUCUAGUAAUUGUUACAUGUGAUUCGUUAGACCCCACCCCCUCCUGUUUUCCAUUUCUGUUCAAACCCCCCCACUUUUCUGGAAUUUAUUGUACUCUCCAUUUGGUUGUUCUUGAGUGGGGUUUCCAUCCUUCACAUGAUACAAAACUGAAAACUGGUUUUGGGCCUUUUCGUUGAACAAACAAGCUAGACUUUUAAUGCAAACUGCAAGUGGUUACAGCUAAUUGUGAUACAAAAUUUGAAUCUGGUUUGGAGCCAUGUUUGUAGAAGCUACAGUCUCAGUUGUGAACUUGUCACCAUGUUUUGCUUUGAACUCAGGUUACAAGCAUCGUUUUUCUCGCGUUUCAGUUAGGUGCAUCGGGACAGCAGCAGAUUCAUCUAUUGUGGAGUCUGCAGAUUCCGUUAGAGUUAGUGGGCGCUCUUCAAAUAAAAAAGUCGUGUCCCUGAAUGAUGUUGGUUCUAAUGCUCUUGAUGACAAGAGUAGAUGGAAAGAGGAAAAGCUGGAAACUUUGUGGGAUGAUGGCUUUGGGACUCAGACUGUGAAAGAUUAUCUUGAUAUAUCCGAAGACAUAAUUAAACCUGAUGGUGGACCACCCAGGUGGUUUUGCCCUGUGGUUGCAGAUGGGAACGACAAUCCAAUACCCAAUUCUCCCGUUCUUCUGUAUUUGCCAGGGAUGGAUGGUCUUGGUUUGGGCCUUAUUUUGCACCAAAAGCCUCUUCGAAAGGUUUUUGAAGUUCGAUGCUUGCACAUACCCGUUUAUGAUCGAACACCAUUUGAAGAUUUGGUGAUAUUCGUGGAGGAAACCUUGAGGUUUGAGCAUGCUUUAUUUCCAAGUAGGCCUAUAUAUGUGGUCGGAGAUUCUUUUGGUGGAUGUUUAGCUCUUGCAGUUGCUGCUCGUAAUCCAGCAAUCGAUUUAGUAGUUAUAUUGGCAAAUCCAGCGACUUCAUUUGACAGGUCACAGCUGCAACCUAUACUUCCCAUCUUGGAGGUCAUGCCUGAUACGCUUCAUGUGACAAUCCCUUAUCUUCUUAGCUUUGUAAUGGGCGAUCCUAUAAAGAUGGCGAUGGUCGAUUCUGAAAGCUCGAGUAUCCCUAACCUUGAGAAACUAUCUGCCAACCUUACUUCUAUGCUUCCUCGCCUUUCGAGUUUGUCCGAUAUUAUUCCAAAAGCUACACUUAUUUGGAAGUUGAAGUUACUUAAAUCUGCUGCUGCAUAUGCUAAUUCUCGCCUCCAUGCUGUUAAAGCUGAAGUGCUAUUGCUUGCAAGUGGCAAGGACAACAUGCUUCCGAGUAAAGAUGAAGCUAAAAGGCUUUCAAGAACAUUGCAAAACUGCAAAGUAUGUUACUAUAAGGACAACGGCCAUACUAUUUUACUGGAAGAUGGUCUGAAUUUGUUGACAGUAAUUAAAGGCACCUGUAAGUAUCGACGAACAUGGAAGCACGACUUCAUAAACGACUACCUGCCACCUAGCAUGUCAGAGUAUAGAAAUGGCCUUCAAACAAAUGGGUGGUUCCAUUAUGCUAUCAGCCCAGUGAUGCUUUCAACUUUAGAAGAUGGAAGAAUAGUGAGAGGCCUUUCUGGGGUUCCAGAUGAUGGUCCUGUAUUGUUGGUUGGUUAUCACAUGCUCUUGGGAUUAGAACUUGCAUCACUCAUUAUAGAAUUUGUGAGAGAAAAGAACGUCGUUGUUCGUGGUAUAGCCCACCCAGAACUUUUUACAGAGAAUUCUAAGAGCGACCUUCCGGAGUUUUCAAAUCUUGAUUUGAUGAAAGUUUAUGGUGCCCUGCCCGUCACUCCCACCAACCUCUUCAAGCUGUUCUCAUCAAAAUCUUUUGGGCUUCUUUAUCCUGGCGGUGCACGUGAGGCUCUUCAUCGUAAGGGUGAGGAAUACAAGCUGUUUUGGCCUGAUCAACCAGAAUUUGUAAGAAUGGCAGCAAAAUUCGGUGCUACCAUCGUUCCAUUUGGAGUUAUUGGAGAAGAUGACGUCGCUGAGUUGGUUAUUGACUAUGACGACAUAAUGAAAAUCCCGGUGCUAAACAACUACAUAAGGAAAUCGAAUGAAGAAGCCGUUAGAUUAAGGACCGAAAUGGAUGGAGAAAUCGCUAACCAGCAACUUUACUUUCCGGGGCUUCUGCCAAAAGUGCCGGGCCGAUUCUACUAUUUAUUUGGGAAACCUAUACAAACAGCAGGAAUGGAGAAAAAGUUGAAAGAACGAGAAAACGCGAAAGAGUUGUACAAUGAGAUCAAGUCUGAAGUCGAAAAGAGCAUGGCUUAUUUGAUUAAGAAGCGAGAGGGGGAUCCUUAUCGAGGGAUCGUGACCAGGGUCGUAAGCCAACCGCUUUCGACCCCAGUCCACCAAGUCCCAACAUUUGAACAUUGAGGAUGUAUGUAUAUUUUUUAUU